CUCGUCUCUAAAUUCAUAUAGUUUCACAUCAAAUACUCUCUCUUCGCUGGACCAAACAAAACCUCCAUUACUGGAGCUCGAUCGCAGGUAGGCACCUGCAUUUUUCGUUUUGCGGUUUGGUUCUUUGAUCUAAGAACUAAUGUGACGUGCAUUUUGUCCAUUGCGUUCUCCUCCGUCCGAUUCGCUGCCUGUGGAAGAUGGACAAAGGAUUUAAUCCAAUUCAACGGUUCUUUUUUAUUCAAGAAUUUUGGUAGCAUUCUACAGAAGCAAAUAUCAAGCAGGCCAUGGCAUGCACUUCAUUUUCUCUUCCAACAUCUCCGCAGUUUGCUCCAACGACGGAGGACAUCUUCAAAGAGCACGUCGGUCUGCGCCGCUCGCAUUCUGUCAAGGACCUUCACAAUGGACCCCGUUUCCGGAGGUCCUACUCUGACAACAACCUUGUUUAUCCCAUCAACCGUAUCCAAGCCACUGCCACACAGCAAAAACUAAGGAACAGUCGUUCUUUGGGAAUUUUCCCAUUCCAAUUCUCUAGCUCUAUUCUCCCAAACUUGUUUGACCCAGAGGCAAGUAAGGAGAUGAAUAUGGUGGAGAAGGAUAUGAAUAUAGAGGAGAGCUCGGUGGACGGUAGUAAAGAAGAGGAGAGAAAGAGAUCGAAUUGGAUGGAGAGGCUGCUGGAAAUAAGAAGUCAUUGGAUAAACAGGCAGCAGAAAGAGAGUGUGGGUGAAGACAUUGGCUGUGAAGAGGGCAGCAUUGGUGAUUGUGAUUAUGGUGGAGAUGAAGGUGGUUGUGCAGCCUGUUAUGGUUCAGAAGAAGAAGGAGGAGUCGGAUAUGAUCGCAAAACAUUCUCAAGGCUUUUGGUUCGAGUUCCAUGGUCUGAUACCAAGCAAUUUUCUCAAUUGGCGUUCUUGUGCAACAUGGCUUAUGUGAUACCAGCAAUCAAGGCCAAGGAUUUGAGGAAGUAUUACGGCCUGCAGUUGGUAACAUCUUCACUGGAGAAGAAAGCAGAGGCAGCUGCGAUUAAAGCCAAACUUGAUGAGGACUCUGUUCGAGUACCCCAAGAUGCCUCAGCAGCUGAUGAAUCCAGUUCAAAGAAGGAUUUGGAAUCUGAGAAGAAGCGUCCGAUCCGCUCAUCUCUUGCUUAUGAGAUUGCUGCCUCGGCUGCUUCGUACCUCCAAUCACGGACCAAGGGCCUUUUGUUCCUUAGCUCUGAACCACAGCAAGAGGGUGAUGGCGAGGUUUCGUGUGAAAACGGAGCUCAACCGCACAAGGAGGGAGAGGACUCACCCCGAUUGUAUAAUCAAGAGGUGGCUGCUUACAUGGCAGCUUCAACAAUGACUGCAGUGGUUGCUGCUGGAGAGAGGGAAAAGCAGGAGGCAGCAAGGGCCCUUCAGUCACUCCAUUCAUCACCUUGUGAAUGGUUUGUUUGUGAUGAUUUGAGUACGUGUACUCGCUGCUUCGUGAUUCAGGGAUCAGACUCCUUAUCGUCUUGGCAAGCAAACCUUUUCUUUGAACCGACGAAAUUUGAGGUAACAAUCUCUCCUCUGCUCUGUAAAUGCAUGUCUACCGACAGAACCAUUGAAUCCCUGUCCUGGUUGCAGGGUACAGAUGUGCUUGUUCAUAGAGGAAUUUAUGAAGCUGCAAAGGGAAUAUAUGAGCAAUUCAUGCCAGAAAUAAUCGACCAUUUGAACACAUAUGGAGAUCGUGCAAAACUUCAAUUUACUGGCCACUCUCUUGGGGGUAGUCUCUCUCUUUUAGUCAACUUGAUGCUACUGACCAGGAAAGUUAUCAAGCCCUCCACUCUCCGGCCGGUUGUCACUUUUGGCUCACCAUUUGUGUUCUGUGGGGGCGAAGCCAUACUUGAUGAGUUGGGUUUGGAUGAGAGCCACGUUCACUGUGUGAUGAUGCAUAGAGAUAUCGUCCCUAGAGCCUUCUCCUGCAACUACCCUGACCAUGUUGCCGUACUACUCAAGCGUUUAAAUGGCGCCUUUAGCACACAUUCUUGUUUAAUAAAAAAUAAACUAUUGUACUCGCCUUUGGGCAAACUAUUCAUUCUGCAACCUGAUGAGAAGUCAUCUCCUCCGCAUCCUUUGCUCCCCCCAGGGAGUGCUCUGUAUGUAUUGGACAAGGCUCACUCCGGCUACUCCGCAAAUGCCCUGCGAACUUUCCUCAACAGUCCCCACCCACUAGAGACACUAAGCGAUCCUACCGCCUACGGUUCCAAUGGUACGAUCCUUAGAGACCAUGACUCGAGCAACUAUCUGAAGGCCAUCAAUGGGGUGCUACGGCAACGUACAAAGAUGGUUGUUCGGAGAGUAAGAGAACGGCGGAAUCUACUGUGGCCGCUCUUGACUUCACCAUCUCCACACACAUGGACCCUGACAGUAACUUGAACAACAACAGUUUAGUGACAAAGGAGAUAAUGACUGGAGUAUGAAGAAACCCAUUCACAGGGAUUCUCCACCUAUACAUGUAAAGGAUGCAGAUUGACACGCUCAAAUCAAGAGCGUUUCAUGUUCUAAUCGUGCAUAUCUGUUUCAUGCACAUAUUGCUAAACAUCUCACUCAUCUCUGUACUUGGGUUACUCAUCGUUGACUCACACUGUUAAUAAU